CCAACCUCUUGAUAUUUUUGUUUUGGCACGCGCCUCUCAUGUUCGAGUGGUCUGAGAGUAACUAUGAACAUUGUGAGGCUUAUUCUAAGUGUAUGUAUACUAUCAAGUACAACCCUUGCGAAAAAGAAACGCUCUCCAGAAUCAGAAUACUGGGUCGAGUACGAGCCGAUCCCCCAAAAAGAUCAAAGUAAGACUGACUCCAGAAGUGAGGUGUUGCCAAACCGUCAAGACGAUGACAAUGUAGUUUAUAAGGAUACUGGAUAUGUAGAAAAUGCGUAUCCACUUCCUUCCGCAAUACCACAGAACCAAAAUGCCGACCAACCAGUAACCAAUGCUGUGAUUGCUCAAACUUCACCAAAUGAACCAGCGCAACAAGUAUGCCAUCGUGCGCUCGAUCUUGGAAUCAUACUAGACUCUUCCUACACGAUUGAGGGUGCUGCCUGGCAAGAAGAAAAGAAAACAGUCCAAUCAUUGAUCGACAAAUUAGACGUCAAUGAAAACGGAGUGCACGUUGCUGUGAUGGUUUUUAGUACAGAGGUCGAAAUAGCGGUCCCUUUUAACGGCUACAAAGAUGCCCUAGAAUUGAAGCAGGACAUUGAAGAUGUUGACUUUAUGAACGGGUGGUCAAGAACUGACUUAGCUCUUAUGUCUGCCAAGCACCAGCUGUUUAGUCCCAAUGGCGGGUCGAGAGAGGGGAUUCCUAAGGCAUUGAUUGUUCUCUCAGAUGGACUAACAGAUGGCGAGUCUUUGCCCAAUCGUUCAACCAAUUGGACCGAACGGCUAGUACCAGUGGUAGAUGAACUUAGAAGGGAUGGCAUCAAUACUUUCUGCAUUGGAAUAGGAAAGGCUCUUACAACAGAAUUGAGUGUAAUAGCGUCGGACAAAAAUAGCGUUUUCCGUCCAACUGAUCUGGAAAUACUUGUUUCAAAGCUGAACGCAAUUAGCAAGCAGCAAUGUUAUAACGAGAAAAAUAUUCCAUAUCCUCCUCAGUGUGCAGCAAACUGUGUUUUCCCAUCCAUAUGCCUCCUUGCUGUCCAACCAACGUGCCUUCAACCAAACCAACAAACCGUCACGUGCAUAAUACCCGGCUCUUGUACAUCUACAGCCAUCACUACCGCUACAAGUACAGCAGUCUUGACCACAACCAGUACAGAUAUCCACACUAGUACAGAUGUCACAACACUAGCAACAGUGGAAACACAAACCCAAACAACUACAAAAACGUCUACGCAUACAACUACGGCCACUGACACGCUUACAGAGACGGCCGUUAGCACGAGUACUGAUUAUCACACGAUAACUAAAACAGAUACUGCUAUCCAAACCCAGUAUGUGACAGAAACCAGUACCCAAACAGCUACAAGUACCAAAGUCCAUAAAACUACCGAAACACUCUCGACUACAGAUAUUGAUACAAUCACCAGUACUCAUGUCACCACAGCAACGGAAACCGCCAUCGCGACGUCAACAGCCAUAGCAACCAGGUACGUCACAUCGACUCUCUCGACAACCAGUCUAGAUAUUGAUAGCAGCACCCAUAUCACUACAUUAACUUCAACAGCGCUGGAAACAUCAACCAAAACUCAUGUUACCACGGCAACGGAUACUUCUACGGCGGUUACUACGGCAACGCAGAUGAAAACUUUGACUACAACGAGCACGGCUUUAACUACAAGUACUCACUUGAAGACUGAUGUCAGUACGAAGGUGCUCACAGAUACUCGUACACUCACCACAACACAGACCAAACUUGAAAGUAGCACCCAUGUAACUACGAGUACUGACUUCACCACGAGUACCCUGUAUGCAACUAACACGAAAACUGAAACAAAUAUAGCAGUCGUGACUUCAACGGCUCUUGCAGUUAGUACAAAGGUUCUAACCACCACGUCUACGGAUUUGGCAAGUUCUACACAUGUCACAACUGCCACGAGUACGGAGGUCCAUACCAGCACAGCUAUAGACACAAAGACGCUGACAACUGUAAGCACCGAUGUUUCAACAAGUACGCAUUUCACAACCAAGACUAGCAUGGCCGUUGCCACUAAGACUUCGACAGCAGUGGUGUCUGUCACCGAUACACAGACCGAGUUCACAACUGUGACAAGCACUUAUAUAGAUACACAGAUCAAAACUGCAACAAGUACCAAGRUUGAUACAAGCACCACAACAGACACUCAAACCUUAACCACUGUCAGUACUGAUGUCUCAACUAGUACGCAUGUCACAACACACACAUCCACUGCUGUGGUAUCUUUGACGGACACAAAGACUAAGGUCGAGACUGUAACGAGCACAGAUGUUGAUACCUCAACCUCUACUCACAUUACCACGGCAACUAUCACCGCUACUAGAACAAGUACAGCUGUUGCUACCAGUACAGCUGUCACCACAUCGAUAGAUACUUCUACAGAAACUAAACUCCUMACCACAGUGAAAACGACAACGGAAAGUUUGACCCAGACAGCGACGACGACGUCCACGGUAAUGAGUACGAGCGUAGUGACAAGCUGCAGUUCUAACUGUCCAAGCGCCACUCCAACGCCGUCAUUGACGUCAGCACCGCCUUCUCCGACUACUUCCAUCAAGCCAACAACUCUCCCUGCUGUACCAGGUUGCGGAAGAGAGAUUGAUGUUGGCAUCCUUCUCCAUGACUCUGAAAACAUCCCAGCACAGUCGUACACAACACUGAAAAACUUUGUUGCACAGUUUGUCUCAAAAUUUUCAGUCUCCUCAUACGGAGCUCACUUUGGUUUUAUCUCUUUUGAUCACGAGUCAAGAGUAGAUUUCAAGUUCUCUGAUGCCGACUAUUACAACAGUGACAAACUACAAGAGAAAAUAAAGGGCUUGUAUCAAAUGGGCCAGGGCAGUAGAAUAGACAUGGCAAUUGAAAAGGCAAAUGAGAUAUUAUUUUCGUCAUCUGGGGGUUACCGUAUAAAUAUGCCAAAAGUUUUAAUUGUUUUUACUGAAGAAAGGACAGGCGAAGGAAGUAAACCUUAUGCUCAAGUCAUUGCCCCACUUAUUGCCAAAGGAGUACAAAUCAUUGCUGUUGGCAUAACUGACAAAGUGAGUCGCAGCGAACUUAAAGAAAUCGCAAACGGCGACGAACGCAAUGUCUUCAUGGUACACAGAUUUGAUGAAUUGACAAGCAUUAUGAAGGAUCUAGUACAGAAGACAUGUGAUAUAUUUGUUUGUGACGUCGAAUACAAGAAGCUUGGCUGCUACAACGAACAUUCUUCAUAUCCAAUGAUGCCAGAACGAUUACUUAGUAAUACCCCGGAUUGGUCAGAUUUCGCAUCCUGGUUACAGAAGUUUGUCUGCCAGUGCGCCGAGAAAGCCAAGCAAAAGAAGUACUCAGUGUUUGGUGUACGAGAUACAGGCGAAUGCUUCUCGGGGUCAGAGUCAGCGGAUGUAUAUAUGGAAUAUGGAGAAAGUGCAAACUGUGUCGAUGGACAUUUUGAAAAGUGCAAAAAUGAAAACAAAAACGAAUGCUGUGGUGAAAAGAACACGAAUCAUGUGUAUGGAGUUAUAAUAGAAACCAAGCCAACACCAGCACCGACAACACCAACACCCAAACCCGAGCCUUGCAAAGCUGUUGUUGAUCUUGUCUUCGUCAUGGAUGGAUCUGGUUCAAUCGAGCACUUUGGUGCUGGUAACUUUAACCGAUGCAAAAAGUUUGCCAAGGACAUGGCCAAUAACUUUGAGGUUUCUAAGAGCGGCACGCAUGUUGGAUUAGUUCUGUUCUCGAAUUCAGCAUCGGUUAUAUUUGCGCUUGAUAAAUAUUAUGACAUUGCAAGUAUUGAGAAAGCAAUAGAUGGUAUAGUUUACCCUGAACGUGGUACUUAUAUUGGAAAUGCAUUAGAUGUGACUAAAAAAGAAGUCAUCGACGUAAGUGCACGUUCUAAUGUACAUCGUAUCGUCAUUGUCAUGACUGACGGAGAGUCGAACGAUGACGUUACAGGUCCUUCCAAAGCCUUAAAGGGUGCUGGCAAUUCUUUGUAUGUACUGGGAAUAGGCAGUAGUUUUGAUAUUAUCGAGCUUAAUAAGAUAGCGUCGGAUCCUGACCAGGAAUAUGUUUUUACAAGUGGUUUUGAUGAGCUGGAUAAGGCUGUUAAGUCUAUCAAGGAGAAAGCUUGUACAGAGGCAUCCAAACCAUUGCCCACUCCACAAGUAAUAACACCAGAUGCCAAAUUCACACGAACGCCCCCAUCCAUCGUCUACAUUAGAAUUGGAAUGACAGUUCGAUUUGUAUGGGAAUAUCAAGUUAGCAAUAGAAACUCAGUCUUUGCAAGAUAUUCUCCUAUUUGGUAUUAUUACUAUUCAAACGGCGCCUCAGUGGAGCUUGCUUCAGAAGACAAGAAUACUGAUUGGCAAUGGAGCGUGUCAUCUACUUGUCCAGCAUCGUACAGAGAUCGCAUAAGUAAAGAAGGACAAGCAACGCUGGUUAUAAGGAGUGUGACGGUAUCUGAUGGUGGUUAUUAUGGAUGCAGCUUGGCGAUGGUGUCUGGAACACCUGUGCUGUCUCAAGUGCAGCUGGUCUUGUUAGAUGCGCGAUUUACGAGAACACCGUCUCAAGUGGUUUAUGCGUACGUCGGAGAAACUGUACGUCUAGAGUGGCUGUACUCAAUCGAUGGUGGACGAGACAACGCCUUCGGAAGCUAUUCUCCUACUUGGAAUCUCUACUAUUCUAAUGGCGAAUAUGCACAGCUUGCUUUUGAAGAUAAAAGCAGUGGAUGGAAAUGGAGCAUAUCUGAAAGCUGUCCUGCUUCGUUGAGAGGAYGGCUGACUAAAGAAUCCGAUGCAACGCUCGUUAUCUCCGAGGUUACUCUUGCCGACAGUGGUACAUAUGGAUGUAGUUUAGUAAUGAUAUCAGGCCAGCCUGUAAUAUCCAAAGCACAGUUGAUUGUUAGAGAGAAACCAAAACCAGUUGUGUUUAAAGUGGAAUUUACCAAAGUUCCGCCUCGAAAGGUUUACGUAUAUUCCGAUGACGAUAUCAAACUUGAGUGGGAAUACACUACAACUGGGGACAAGAACCAAGGUUUUGCGCGGUUCUCCCCAACCUGGAAUAUGUAUAACUCACAAGGACAGGCUAUAGAGCUCGCUGCUGAGGAUAAGUACAAUAACUGGAAAUGGAUGGUGUCCUCGACUUGUCCUGCGUCACUUAACGACCGAUUAAAGAAGGAAUCAAGCGCACAUCUUAUCAUAAGUAAAAUAUCCUUUGCUGAUAGUGGUACUUAUGGGUGUAGUCUGGACCUGGCUUAUGGGGAUCCGUUGGUAGACAAAGUCGAUGUGAUUGUUACAGAUCGGCCCAGUAAGCCGCCUCCAGCAGUGGUUACUCCACCUUGCAAGGCAGUCGUAGAUCUGGUGUUCCUCAUUGAUGGAUCCACUUCAAUCGAGCAAUUUGGAAUGGGAAAUUUCAAGCGUUGCCUGAAUUUUGCCAAGACCAUGGUUCGAAGCUUCGAGGUGUCUAGUCAUGGAACCCACGUUGGUGUCGUAAUGUUCACAAACACAGCCAAAGUAGAAUUCACAUUAACCAAGUAUUCGAAAAUAGCUGAUAUUGAGGACGCCAUUGAUUCUAUCAAGUAUACUGGUGGUGGUACAUUUGCAGGCGAAGGGUUGAAGGCUGUGAAGAAUAACGUCUUCGACGUAACAGGACGUUCGAGUGUUCCGCAUGCGCUCAUCGUAAUGACCGAUGGCCAGUCAAUAGAUGAUAUUACGACCCCUGCAACAGCUUUAAAAAAUGAUGGCACCUUGAUCUACUGCUUGGGAAUAGGGUCCGAGUAUAACAUGCAGCAGUUGAAUACCAUGGCGUCAGCACCGUCUUCUAGUCACGUGUUUGUUGCUGAUUUUGACCAACUGGAUACUGUUGUUGAAAGUAUCAAACAGAAAGCCUGUUAUGAUGCAAGCUUGGUGACCCCAACAGUAAAACCAGUAACUGAACAGCCUGCAACUGCAAAGCCUGAAACAAAGUGCAAGACCACGGUGGACCUAGGUUUUUUGAUUGAUGGAUCAACCUCCAUAGAAACGGCUGGAGCUGGGAAUUUUGAACUCUGUAAAGACUUUGUCAAACAGAUGAUUUCAAACUUUGAUAUCUCGCAGAGUGGAACCCACGUUGGGGUCGCGCAGUUCGCAAGCCGCGUUUUUGUGAACUUUACUUUUACAGAAUAUUACGAUAAAGCAAGUAUCGACAAAGCAAUAGAUGAUAUCCCGAUUCUAUAUGGAGGGACUAACCUAGGAAAAGCUUUAGCGACGAUCAGAACUGAUCUUUUCGACAAAGGGUCACGAGGCAGUGUUCCUCGGAUCUUGAUUGUUAUGUCAGAUGGGGCAUCUGAAGAUGCCGUAGACGAGCCAGCUAAAGCUCUUCGGGAUCAAGGGAUAACCAUCUUAUGCUUGGGCAUUGGAAACAAAAUUAAUAAGCAGCAACUGAACAUCAUAGCAACUGAUCCUGAUAGUGACCACGUGUUUACGUCUGGGUUUAACGAGCUGAGAAGCGUGGUUGGCUUGAUUGAACAAAAGGCAUGCCCAGAUAACAGCGCUUCAUCCAGUUCUUCCAAUUGGCAGAUGUCAGUUGGCGGAUCUUCGUCGUACAGCUAUAGCUACGGUUACUGUAGCGUUCGCUAUAACAAACUAGGCUGCUAUGUGGAUGACCACAACGACCCAAGACCUCUUCCCACGCAACUCUUCACAGACAGAAAUCCAGACUCGGAUCUCUUUAGUGGAAUAACGAUGAACUUGGGAAAGUGGGAUGAAUAUAUGUCAGACGUUGUCUGUAGAUGUGCUAAGAAUGCAGAGAGUCGGGAUUUUAAACUCUUCAGUAUUCAAAACUUUGGAGAGUGUUGGUCAGGUAUUGAUGCUGAAAAGACAUACAACAGAAAUGGAGAAUCAGAGUCUUGCAUCUCCAACAAGAUGGAAACAUGUGACGCAGAAAAUCAAUUGCCAUGUGUAGGAAACAAAACAUCAAAUUAUGUUUAUGAGAUUGACUUUGGUAAUGGCAAACAAGCGGAGGCAUGCUCCGUUACGUACGAGAAGGUUGGCUGCUUCAGAGACAACCACAUUAGUCCCAGACCCUUCUCAGAUCUCGUGACAACUGACUUGGAUCCAAAGUCACCAGUGUACAGCGGUUCACCGGUGAACAUGGGAGACUGGAACGCCUACCUUGCAGACGUGAUUUGUCGCUGUGCACAGAAUACACAGGAAUAUGAGAACGAAUAUUUUGGGAUACAAAAUCUUGGCGAAUGCUGGUCAGGCCCUGCUGCUGACCAAACAUAUGACUCGGAUGGUCAGUCAGAUCAAUGCGUAUCGAAAGACAUGAAAUUAUGUGUCAAUGACUCGCCAAACAACUGUGUUGGCCAAAGCAACACUAACUUCGUUUACAAGAUUCAAAAAACUAAAAUGGGAAUUUUUGCAGGACCUGCUUGAAGAGUUGAAUGUUGUUGUGAUGUAUAAUUGAGACGAUAUAUAUAUAUAUAUAAAUAUGAUAGUUUAAUUGCAAUGAAAUGCUGUUGAGCUCAGUAUUGAUAACAAUAACAUUUAUUUGUUCAUUUGUCCCGUAUACCUUAAAAAAACUAGACUAAACCUGUAAGUUGGAGAAAAAUUUCGGUUCUGUACGCAAAACAUUGCUUUAUAUAUUGUCCGAAGAAAUAACUAUAAUUAAGGCUGUACCCGUGUGCAUUGACGUAUGUAUGAAUGCUGGAGGGUAAUUGCUAUUGGCGCGUGCUGAUUGGCUAAAAAGACGUAUACAAGCGGGCAUUCUUCGCAGACGUAUGAAAAACUAGGAUUCCCACGUUAAAUUUUGCAUUAGAUCUUAGUUUUUGGUCAUUCUUUCCCAUCAAAACAACAAUUGAAUAAUCGUGUAAAUUACUUUAAACGAAACAAAUUAUACAGAUUAUAAAAAAAUAAUGAUGAAUGAUGAAGAAAAUAGUAUAUGUUUCCGAAAAUUAUACGAAAGUUGAGAACAUUUGAAAAGCUCAAUUGCAAGACAAUACAGGAAGCCCGUUUUGUUUAUUUUUAUUAUUUUUUUGACCUCCUGAAUCAUAAAAAUUAAAUAAAAUAAGUCUAUUUAAAAUAUUAUUGCAAUGGAUGCAUUUAAAAUCUGUUGUCUGACUCCAGAAUUUUAUCCGAAAUUUCUCGUGAAAUUCAACGCGAAUUUCCCUAGUCUGUCAGUCAGUGGAUUUGACUAAUAAUAUUUCAUAAGACAUUUCCCGAAUUCUUUUGAUGACCUCAAUGGCUUUAAAUCUUAGUUGAACUUGAUAUCUUCAUAUAUCUUAUUUUAUCGAGGCCUACCUUGAUAUGGCGCCGUUAUUUCAUUGGUCACUGAAGUGAAUUCAGGAAAGGUUGAAAUACUUCUUUUCCGAGAGUCGCAAACGCUGUCAAACGUAUUGCGUGCUCAGAUUCGAAAAAAAGGAGAUAAUUUGGGAAGAUUUUAAGUGGGUUAUGAAAAACUCAUACAAAACUUUGAAAAUGUGGCUGCGUCUACACGGUACCGUGCAAAUCUUAAACUGGUCAAAAAUUUGACCUGUACCGCAUACCAUUUACGCCAAACCAUCUCUUUAAUUGUAUGGCUAAUAAAUACGUUCAGUUUACACGAAACCGGAUCCAAAUUUGCACAGCUACUUUUACGGAUUUUUGUUCAGAUAGAUCAUUCCUGUGUGAAUAGAAUUCCUAACCGUAGAUCCAAUCCGUGACAGUGUUAACGCAGCCUAUGUUAAUAAAAUAAAUAUACUUUGAAGUUCUUUUAGUUCGAUUGCAGGAUUAAAAACAGACGAAUAUAUUUCAGGCAAAAUCUUAGGUUUAACGUAAGAUUUUUUAGAGAAAAUUGUUUGCGCCUCUCGGAAAUCGUCUAUGUGUACGUACUUUGAAAAGUAUUUAUGAAGACAGUUUUUAUGGCAAUGAGAUUGCUUAACACUCUAAGGCUAAAUGUAUGCAGUUAUUUAGUUCAAAUAUAUAUAGACCACAUAACUUGUAAGCGUUCUUGAUGUCUAAUAUUAAUUAGAAAAGAAAUGUUUGAUCAAUUGGUUUAAAGUAAACAUCUAUUUUCUUCAUUAUACCGCUCAUUUUCGUUUCGUUUCCAAAACCAAAUAAACGUCUUUAUUAAUGCA